AUGGUGCAGCAGUAUGUCAGAGGUCAGGUGCUGCGAUUACUUGGUGGUGUUCUAUUACCUGAUACUUCAUCGAACAAGAUGAAGUUGAUGUUUUUGCUAUUAUUGAAAGAUUUAGAGUUCGUUCGUAGGCUUAGUUGGGGCAGUGCAAACCAAAUCGCCGACUAUCCCAUUCCCCUCUGUCGCUCUUUUUUGAAGGACGAGAAGAUAGAAGAGAAGGUGCUCCGCAAUCUUUCCACGGCUCUUGCUUACUCUCUGCCACGCUUGCCUCUGGCUCGCCCCAGUUCAAAUUCCACUUCCGUUUUUUGGUCGCCAUCGAUGCCUAUAAAUCGUCUCUCGUUCCCUCUCUAUUCUUCUCAUCCCCCUCUUCCUCCCUUCCAGGCCAACCCCUUCUCCACCUGCCGAGGAGGUCAGCACAGAGCAAGGGCAGAGAUGCAUGAAUCUGAAAGUGCUUUGGCUGUAGAUGCUUUCGCAAAUGUCAAGCAUGUGCUUCUUCCAGUUACUGAUCGGAAUCCUUACCUUUCAGAGGGAACAAGACAGGCUGCAGCAACCACCACUGCUCUGGCUAAAAAGUAUGGAGCGGACAUCACAGUUGUCGUUAUUGAUGAUAAGCCGAAAGAGUCAAUCCCGGAGCAUGACACUCAACUCUCUAGUAUCAGAUUGCACCUUUCAGAAGGUGGUUUUAAGGAAUUUGAGUUGAUGGAGCAGCUUGGAGAAGGAAAGAUGCCAACUGCUAUUAUAGGUGAGGUUGCUGAUGACUUGAACUUGGAUCUUGUAGUCUUAAGCAUGGAAGCAAUCCAUUCAAAGCAUGUUGAUGGAAAUUUGUUGGCCGAGUUCAUCCCCUGUCCUGUGUUGCUUUUGCCUCUCUAACAUAUCUGAUAGGAGAUAUAUUGUUGUAAAUUUGGUGUUUUGUAGUGGAGCUGCACUUUGUGAUUAUUGCCAAGACUGUUAUCCUAUCUCUGCUCUUCCUA